UCUUUCGGCACAAUUGUUGUACGGAAUUACGAGAAUACAUUCCUAUCAAACAAAGCUCUUCCAAGCUUACCUAUUCAACGCUUACCGGAAGCUGAUCACAUACCAGAGACCUGAAGAGGAAUUUGAUUUAAGGGACUUACCGGAUGUACCAUGUCUGAACGAAUUAUUCCAAAAUCUUGAAAUUUCACCUAAUUUACAUCUCAUCACGGAAGAAUCUUACACUUCCGCUGUAGAAAAAAUGGAGCGAUGUGCGACGAAUUCCGUGGGAUGUCUCUGAAGAAGCGAUUAAAGAACCGGAUGUACCAUUGGUUAACAUUGACAUGUUUGAAAUUGAAGAAGAAAUGCGUCCAGCAUCUGCUAGAAGAAGUCAACGAGAGUUUAUAGUUACUCUUGAAGAUGAUCAACUUAUGAAAAUUUCUACAUCUUCUAGAAAGAAAAGUAUGAAACCUACUGAGGAAAUUUCACCAAAAAGACGUAAAACAAGUUCUAAAGAAGAAACGGUACCCGUCGUACCUGAACUGAUACCAUUACCACAAUCGACAACUGAUACUAUACCUGCAAUAGAACUUCAGCAAGACCAAGUUCAGCAGCCUCCCGAAGAUGAAGAAUUAAUCGAAGUAGUAAAGCCAAAGAGAAAACGGAAGAUUUAUGACAAAUACAUUAAAUUAAGCUAUGCCGUCAUGAAGAAAAAUACUGGCAAUGUUACAGCUCAUACUAUAAAACAUCAUAGAUUUACAGCUACUUUACCACCGGCUAAAGUAUAUUUAACGCAACCUUCAACAGUAGCGUUUAAUAGGUCAUGGGGUCAACCGUUGAUGCGACUUUUUAAACAACAUAUUGUUGGACCUUUCGUUGUACAAAAUGAAUUUCAGGCGACUGACAUGGAAAUUGAGGAAACAAUAGUUGCAGACACACUACGCGCGAAUGCAAGUAAAUUACGAGAUCAGACAGGAGAAAUAUCAAGCAAAAUUGGAACGAUCAUAAAUGGAACGACUGAUCAGUCUAGGGUGUUUGAUAAAACACCUCUAAAUAUUGCAAUUGAUGCGACUGAUCAAUCUAAGAUACUAGAUAAAACGCUUCCAACAAUUGGGCAACCGCCACAGCUUGAAGAAGAUCAACAAACAGAACGAAAAGAAGAAUCUACAGUUGCACUUCCGGAAAUUACUUAUAUUGAAGAUAAAAAUGGGGAACUGCAAGAAAAACAACAAAAGUCUACAAAUGGAAGAAAAUCAAAAUCAAAUUCCAGUUCUCCUAGAUCUGAAAUCCAUUUAUCUAAACAAGAGCUGUUAGCAUUCAUGGAAGUCCAAUGGCAGGAGAGAAGAUUAUUAAAUUUUCAUGAAUUAUUUUCACCAGAAAGUUACAGUAGAAAAGAGGUUGCACUUGCAUUUUUCUUUUGCUUAGAACUUCAAAAGGAAAAGGUUAUCAUUUUGAAACAAGCUGAUCCUUUUGGUACAAUUUGGAUAGAAAAGUGUCCUUGUUACAGUUAAAUUUCACUAU